AAACAAGGAGAGAACAAAAAGAUACGUAUACACCUAUAGAGCGCUGUGUCUUUGGCAGAUGGAAGAUGUACUCCAGGCUUUAUUUAUAGCCGCCGAGAAUCUCACGAAAGGAUCAGAGCUGAUGGGCUUUCACUCGAAAUUAGCUGAUAUGUCCGACUAGGUUUGUUUUUAUGAGUGAGCUGACUGAAGGUGAUCAGAAGCAUUAGUUUAUAUGUGCGAAAGUUAAUAUAGUCAAUGAUUUUUGGAAUAUUUAUUUACUUAACACAGGUGACGAUCAGGAAUGACGUGAUAUGAAUCCCGGAAGUGGUUUGACAGAACCAAGUGUUUCUGGUAACACUUUACGUCCGUAUCUCCGCCGCAAGAAGUCGUCAUUUGGUGAAACAAAAGUAGCGGUCAUUGGAACAGACGGUGUCGGCAAGAGUGCACUAUCCGUGAGAUUCCUGACGAAGAGGUUUAUAGGUGAAUAUGACCAAACAGUUGAGUCCAAAUAUAAAUACACUACAACAAUAGACGGGGAUACGAUAACAUUCGAAGUACUGGACACUGUGUCGGAGAAUGAUGACUGUGGAGCCCGUGAUGAUGUUUUAAGAUGGGCGGAUGGAGUCCUAGUCGUGUACUCAGUGGUGAGCAGGGAUUCUUUUGACAUAAUACAAGAGAUUAGGAGAAGAAUCGACGAAAAUAGAAAAGGCGCAAGCAUUCCAAUGGUACUUUUAGGAAAUAAAUGUGACCUUGCUCACAUGAGAAAAGUCACCCAGGAUGAAGGACAACGUUUAGCCAAUGAAAUGGGGUGUCCUUUUCUCGAAGUUUCUGCCUCUGAAGAUGUUGACACAGUGACCGAGGCAUUUCUUACUUUGUCACGUGAGGUUGUAGAUUUCAAGAGGCGUUCCCGGACUUUCUUUGACAGAGUUUUUGGUGCGUUUGGAAGAGAAAAAGUAUCGACUUGAUUCACUUGUCUUUCACGUGUUUGAAAUAUGAUGGAAGUGUUUACAGUUUUUAUUGUGUUUUUGUUUUUUAUGUUGUUAAUGUAUAAUAGUUUUCAUUAAAUAUAUCUUGUUUUGA